UCAGUCUCGUGUUAAGGUUACUGCCAGUCUCACCAAUGUAGGAAGCCUGACAGUUGGAGCAUUUGAUCUUGAUCGGAUGAUCGCACUAUAUGAACUACUGAUACUCCUGGGUUCAAACCAUUUACUAUGUAUCAUUCACUUCCUCUUACAAGCAAUGGGAUGUAGACAAAAUGAAGCCCAUCAUUUCUGUACAUGUCCAGAAUUUGUUUCAAUGUUGUCAAGUAAAACACAUUUAGCUAAGACAUGGUAAGAAUCCAUCCCCCUUGAACAUACGAUAAGGCAUCUCUUGCUUUUUUGACCAGUAUUGUUCAAUUGAUGCCCCCAUACUCGCAGUUAAUAUCGUCAUGUAGUUAACAAACAGCUCCAGUACAUGUAAGUUCAGCAGUUCGAAUGCAUUCACAGCUGCUCAAAAUGACUGCAUAGUACAAGUACAGGUAUACGAUUUACAUGAUGACAGUAUGGUCCAAUUACUGACACUCAUUUGGGUAAAGAAGGUGAGUGCUUGCAAAAGUGAAUACAUGCAAUCCACACUGAACACGAGUCAAGCCAGGAUAAUUUAAUGGUUUGCGUGAGCAAAACAAAUCUUGUAUCGCCGAAGAAAUUUUCUCAUGAAGAUCUAAGUGGAAUAACAAGAGUACACAAUUCUUGAGGGCGGUGCGGGAAGAAAGAUAAUAUAACAAAAAUGAGGCAAAGCAAUUUAGAAAUGGAAAAUAACUUACCUGGAAAACUGCAACCAACUCAUGAUGACACGCUGUGGAAAAAUAUUACAUGUACUCAAAACAGCAAUGGCCACUGUAUCAAGCACUCACGUCAUAUAAGCCUACUCAAUUCCUCCCAGAAGACCACGCAAUAUGCAACACAUAGACAAAUAAAUUCUGCCGACGGUAGCAUAGUGGAGGCUGAAGCCCCCACAAAAAGGAAAGCCUUGUUAGUUUUUUUUUCACUAUCCUUCCACUCUGCUUUCUAGGGCGAUUAAAAAAGGAAAUCAAAAACCAGACCAAACCAAUUCACAUCCAUAUAUAAAUUACCUGACAAUUAUGCAUUGUAUUAACACCAUUUACUUUCAAGUAUUUAAGAAGACAGAGAAGCACGAUCUCUUCUACAGUCACAAGUAGGAAAGUUUGUUAAUUACAUAUUUACAGAUUUUAGGAAUUUUCAAUGUUAUUAUUUCUAUUGAAACCUGAUAUGUCAUAGAGUGAAAAAUUUUAAAGAAGCUUUGUGAGCAUCGACACUUGGGAUUGACCAACUUGACUACUUCCCUUGGGAUGAUGCUCUGCGUGAGCAUCGACAUGUGGGAUUGACUUACUUGACUGCUUCCCUUGAGACAAUGCUCUUCGUGUGCAUUGACACUUGGGAUUGACCAACUUGACUGCUUCCCUUAGGACGAUGCUCUUCGUAAGCAUCGACACUUGGGAUUGACCAACACUUGGGUUUGACCAACUUGACUGCUUCCCUUGGGACGAUACCCUAGGGACGAUGUUGAUUACCUGUUAUUGACACAUUGCAUGGCUUGCAAUGAUAAUGACACUAAUGGUAACAGUAACAGUAACAUUAAUGCAGGUGUUUAGUUAAUUCAAUUGACAGUGGCAGUUUAUUUUGGUGUCAACUAAAUGUUGACAGCACACAGCAUGAAUUUAAAUGUCAGUCAUGAAGGGUGAUGUGCUACUGAAAAAUGAAAACCAUGUGUAACUUACUUAAAUAAUGGUUACAACAAAUUGCAUUCCAUUAUUGAAAGAUAGUUACACAAGUCAUUUGAGCAACACAUUUCCCUUCCCUUAUUUUACUUGCAGGUCUCAUUCAGAGGAAACUGCCCUCCAAAUAAUGAUGAUGACCUUUGUGAUACAAUAGUUGGUAAGGAAAAAACUCAAUUUUUUGUCCUAUUACAAGAGAGGCUCAUUUACAGAAUAUCACAUGGUAAAGCCUGUAUACAAGCCUAGUUGGCCAUCAGGCAGAAGCUUAUAUCCAUUUUUUGAAACAUGAAGUAACUAGGUGUAUUUCUGCUCCUCCCUAGAUGGGAUGCCAGUUCAUUGCAGGGUUUUUUAUUAAUUUUGCCAGUACCCAUUUAUGCACCUGGGUGGAGAGAGGCAAUGUUUUAGGAAAGUGUCCUACUGAAAAACACAACACAGUGACCCAGCCGGCACCUUGAACUUGGAUCACUCAUUCUUGAGUCCGAUGCACUAACUACUAAGUCACCGCUUUGUAUGAUAAUUAUAAUUAAAUCAAAGCCUAGGCUAUACAGAAGGCUAGAGUUUAGCCAACAAAAAUUCAACAAAAAUGUAAGCAAUACCCCAGCAUGGGUCAAAGAUCUAUAAUUGGCCGACCAAAAACAAAAAAAUUCAAGCACAUCAUCAAUCUCAUUCAACUCAUUGUAAUAAGGAAAAUUGACAGUGUUAAUAAUAUAAGGAAUUGAAACAACAACAAAAGCCCUCUGAGAGGACAUGUGGUUACUGGAUAACCACAAUGGUACAAGAAAGAGUUGCAGAGUUUUAGUUUUAUUGCAAGGAAAAGAAAAAAGGACAAGAGAAAAGGGCAAAAAAAAUCAAUGUAGUAACAGCAAUGAAUUAAUAAUUCACUUCAACAAAUUGAUGCCAACGUUUUAUCUAGGUAUCUGGCUUCUUACUGUUGAUAAGUUGCAUCAUACAAUUGUGGCUGUGGAUCCAUGAGGUAUAGCCAAAUGAAUCUGACAACUACUUUGACAAUGUUAUGAUGAAAUAUAUUUUGGAACAGGACAGACGUUCAAAGAGCUGGUGUCAGUGUUUUUUACAGUAACAUAAAGGUUUACAAGCCUAGACUUCAGACAAGGGCUAGGACUGUUUAUUAUCCUUGAAAUAUUUUUUGCAACACGUGAGACUUACCAGUCUGUCAUAUGUAAAUCAGGAAAAUUAUGAAUACUCCUAAAUGAAAUGGUUCAAAAACCUUUGACUUUCAUAUGUUUUUUGACACGUUUUUAAUUGAAGGACUGUUGAACAGGGUAAAACUUGGUUGAAUCCAAGUGACAAAGUCACAACAAGCUUCUGUUGAACAUUGAUUCUAAUUAGAAGAAACAUUUAUGAGCAGGUUACCGUCAAAGACAUUUUACAGCGUAUGAAGUGGAUUUUUUCACAUUUGAACAUCAACCAACAGGUUUAUUUCUUCUUCUGUCACAAAGAUAACCGUUCUUCCAUCUUGACACUAAAUUUUUGAGGCCUUGAAGAUUCGGAAAUUGGGAAUAUGGCUUGGGGAAUAUUGCUUAGUGAAUAUCCUCGAAUAAGUGGACCAAUCACGUGCGAGCCAAAAUAUUUGAGGAUUAUAAGUCAGAUUAUUCGCUCUUGAUUGUAUGCGUGAUUUGUACACGUGAUUAAGGCAAAAAUAACAUUAGCACUGAUUUUGAAUUUUGCUGGAAGUCAGUAUUUUUCUUGUGACCUAGGGUAUAAGUGCGCAUUAAUAAAUGCAUUUAUUACGUGUAGAAGAGGAUUUGAAGCUCUGUUGGAUAUUACUUCCAUUUUUAAGGGGAGGCUUGAUAGUCGAAAAAUCGCAAAAUUUUCUUAUUUUAGAAAUAUAUUUUUUUGCCAUCUACAAACAUUCUAGUCUCACAAAAAUAAUCUUUUUUAUCCAUUUUAUUAUGAUUUCCCUGGUUUUUUAAGCCUUAUCUGAAACUGUUUCUUUGGUUGCUAUGGAAACCCCAAUUGUUUACGCGUCUGUUUUCGGCGAAAUCCCUCGAUUGCCAGCUGUUGUUUUGCCGAAAAAUUGCUGUUUGAGGGACCUUAGUAAAUUCCGAAGCCUGGUAACUAGUUUAGAGCUGAUAGAGGAUAUUUUAGUGCAACUACAUGAUAUACUUAGCGUUGGAACGUAGCGUGGUUGGAGUUUGCGAUUGUUUUCGAAAUUUACCUCGAGAUUUGUAGUGAAUUAUGCCUCCAAAAAGAAAGUUAAGAAACGUCAGACGGAAGAAAAGGAAGUUUACGGGAAACAAGUACACAAGAGAAGCGAAUUUGAAGGAUAAUCCGACCGAGAAUGAGCAGGAAUCUAUGGAACAAAGCGAAGAGUCUGACAAUGGAGAUGUCACUCGUGCGAAAGAAACCAAGCGACAAUCUUCAGAUCGAGCCGAAGUUAGGUCGCUGCCUGCUUCUAUAAGAAAGCUAGAUGAGGAUUCUGGCGAUUCUCAAGAAAGCUCAAACGAGUGGGAGCCAGAUGAACCAGAAGGUUUUCGGUUUAUUGACAUCGCUGUUCUCGUUGAAGUCUUCCGUUCUCUUUGGUGCCCGCUUUGCAGGUAUAGUCGCAUAGUUUUUGAAGAAGAUCAGAAUUCCAAGAAGGGUUUUGCGACUCUUCUUCUCCUAAAGUGUGCUUCUUCAAAGUGCAAGUACUCGAGCAGUUUUUAUUCUUCUAGUAAAGUGGACGGAGGUCAAGCUUUUGAGGUGAACAGGAGAGUUGUUUUGGCAUCAAGAAACAUUGGAGUUGGGCACCAAGGCCUGGCAAAAUUUGCUGGUGUCAUGAACAUGUUGCCACCCAUGAAUGAAAAUUCCUAUAGGGAUCAUGUUUCUGCUGUUUGCAAUGCUGCACAGACUGUAGCCACGAAAAGCAUGACAGAUGCUGCUGAAGAAGCAAAACAAUUUUAUGAGCCAGAAACGGAUGGGAUUUUUAAUAUUGGAGUGUCUGGAGAUGGGACCUGGAGGAGACGUGGCUACUCAUCGGCAUAUGGGGUUGUUGCAGCCUUAUCAACAGUGACUGGGAAAGCGCUUGAUGUGGAAGUGAUGUCAAAGGAGUGCAGAGAAUGCAUGGGAUGGAGAGCAAAGGAAGGAACUGUUGAGUUUCGAGAGUGGUGGGAAGGACAUCAACACCGUUGCCAAGCGAAUCACUAUGGUUCCUCAGGGUCAAUGGAUGCUACUGGCAUGCUUUCAAUUUUCCAACGUUCUGUGGAAAAUUAUUCUGUGCGCUACACUGAAUUUCUCGGGGAUGGAGACAGCAAAGCUCACAAACUAAUUGUGGAACAAGCUGUUUAUGGAGAUGUUGAGGUAAAAAAGCUUGAAUGUGUGGGCCAUGUCCAGAAGCGAUUAGGUUCAAGACUUCGUUCACUGAAAAAGCGAGCAGGGCGCCUUGAGGAUGGAAAGACUCGUGGUGGCACUGGACGGCUGUCAGAAUCACGUAUAAAAAAACUCCAAGUUUACUAUGGAAAUGCUUUAAGAGAUAACACCCAUAACUUAGAAGUCAUGCAGAAUGCUGUGAUGGCAAUCUGGCAUCACAGUCAGUCAACGGAUGAGAGUCCAGAUCAUGACCUGUGUCCAGAUGAGAAAACUCUUGGUGCGGAUUUCAGAGAGACAUUGCUAAAGGAACUUCUGAUUUUAAGCAUGAGCACCCACUUCCAAAGGCUGUAGCAAAUGUUAUUUUGCCCACAUUUGAAGCCUUGUCCGAUGAAGAUCUUCUUGCACGCUGUCUUCAUGGGGGCACUCAGAACCAAAAUGAGGCCAUCAAUGCCCUCAUCUGGCAGUGGGCAACUAAAGAAACUCACUCUGGUUUAGCAGUGGUGGAGCUUGCAACAUUUCUUGCUGUGUCUCACUUCAAUGAUGGUGCAAGCUCCAUUAACUCAGUCCUACAAGAGCUUGGAAUUGAGCCAGGAGCACACUGUACGCGGGCGUGCAAAAAACUUGAUUACAACCGGAUUCGGCAUUCACGGCGGAAGAGCACAGAAGGUGGAAAAAGAAGGCGGAAACAGCUUCGCAACUUCAAGAAAGGAUACAUAGAUCACUUGGAUGCCUUGGAGGGUGUGCACUAUGAAGCUGGUGCCUUUUAAGGCUACCCAAGAUACUUAACUCCUUCCAGAAAGACUCUGGUCCACUUUAUUUGCAUUUUUCUCAUUUUCCCGAUUUCUGAGGAUUUUAAACCUUGUGUCAGUGAUAUCUCAAGAAAUAUUCUAGAUAUGGCAAUGAAAUUUUCACAGAUUUUUACUCACUAAUAGAACUGUGCAAUGACCUAUUUGUAUGAUGUUUUUUAACCUGAGUAAUUGCAUUUUAUAUGAAAGGACCUUGAACACUUUUAUUGUCUCCUUUGAAAAGGGACAGUUCAUGACUGUAUUGGAGUAUGUACCUGAAAAUAGGUCAUGGCACAGCUGUAAACAGGUACUACAAGCCUGCAAAAUUAGCCUAAUAGUCUUCACACUUAAUUAAAAAUUUUAUAUCAUAAAGG